CGGCAUACGAUAUUCGACGGAGGAAUCGCACAAUUUCGCAUUACAAAUGCGCGAUCAAAACGAGACUGUAUAUAUGGACGCAUUUACCAUCCUGAACUGGGAAUUGAAAAAGCCAUAGUAGAUACUCGAGCCUUUCACUUCACGCUACCAAUUUACGCCGCCAAAAUGCCUACCUCUCUCUACGACCUCAUUAUCCCCACCUUCAUCAAGGGUCUCCAAACCUUUGACCACGUUCUCACAAAGGCGGAGCAAUACGCCAAAGAAAAGGGACUCAACGCCGAUGAAGUUUUCCCUCAAGCCAGACUCGUUGACGAUCAACUUCCCCUCGUCUUCCAAGUUCAGAAUGCCACCAAGGCUGUUCAGGUCACCAUUGGCCGCUUAACAGGCGUUGAGCCCACAUUCUUCCAGGACAAUGAAAAGACCAUUGCCGACCUGCAUGCCCGAAUCCAAAAGGCCCUCGAGGCUGUGAAGAGUGUCAAGCCUGAGGAUGUUAACUCACGAGAGGAUGUCAAAGUGGAGCUCCCCCGACCCGACAAGACUCUUCAUCUUACGGUCAAGGAGGCUACACUGUACCAUGGCCAAACAAACUUCUUCUUCCAUAUCGUCACUGGCUACUCUAUCUUACGUUCAAAGGGCGUGCCUAUUGGAAAGGGUGAUUAUCUUGGAAGCUUUCUUGCUCAGUAAGUGGAGCAGAUGGAACCUAGAAUAGACAAAUGACCAAAUGGCUUUCCACAUGGCAUGUUUACGUGUGAUAAGGUCCUAAAUAUCUUGAACAGUGACAAGUACAGUUAUCGGUCAAAGCUUUGAACGUGAAAAGAUCAUGAAUCCAAGCGGCGAAGACUCCGG